UACACUACCCAUCAUCCCGCGUGCAGCUCGCUCAUGUAUAUUUAUGAGGUGUUUCUGCAGUGAGACGGCUAGAUAUUAUUGAUGUCUUGCUGAGGAGGAGGUAGUCCUGAUUUUAGUUUUCCAGAACGCGCCCGUCGCUUGCACAAGCCGCGUCUCGAGGCAGAGGCUGCUCGCGCGUCACCAGCGCGCGAGAGGAUGUGCGCUCCUUCCUGAGGGAGACGGAAAAUCGGGUUUAACUUGGGAUUUAACUCGUGUAUGGUGUAAUUUGGGAUAUAUAUUAUUAACUGCGAUUUUCUUAACCGAAUGGAUGCGGGAAUGAUGCCUCUCCGUGUCGGGAUUUCCUUUCUGUGCCUCUUUGUAGCGGUGAUGAGCUCUGUGAUACACACCAGCUUCUCCCUGCCUCAUAACGGAGACGCCUUGGUAAAGACGAGGGCUCGGCGUGAUGACGCCAGGUUCCUCGGGAGAGAGAACACGGUACCGGUCCGGUUGGUGUACCGAAUGGACGGAGACGGUCAGGACGCUCAUGAUGUGCUCAACACACGGGUUCGAUUGAGCUCUGACAGUAAACAGAACCACAUGACACAGGCUAGCUUCCAGGUGCAGGCCUUCGGACAGACCUUCAUUUUAGACGUGGAACUGAACCAUGAUCUUCUAUCAUCAAAUUACAUUGAGAGGCACAUAUCAGAGGAGGGGAAUUCAGUUGUCAACAAAGGUGGAGAACACUGUUAUUACCAUGGGAAAGUACAUGAUAUUCCGAAGUCAUAUGUUGCGCUUUCGACUUGCCAUGGAUUACAUGGGAUGUUCUUUGAUGGGAACCACACAUACAUGAUCGAGCCAGGAGGAGAGAAUACUACAAGUGAGGAGGUUCAUGUGCACAUGAUUUAUCAGUCUCCUGGUUUGGACCCUCCAGAGGACUUCAUUUCUGCAGUUCACCUGGCAGAGUCACCAUUCCAGAACCCUCCACUGUCCAGUGCCGCCCAUAGAAGGAAAAAGAGACAGAUAUCACGAAAUCCACGGAGCGUUGCAGAUGAGACCAAAUAUAUAGAGCUGAUGGUCAUUAAUGACCAUUUGAUGUACAAGAAACAUCGCCUUUCCGUUGGACAGACUAAUAACUACGCUAAAUCUGUUGUGAAUAUGGCUGAUCUGUACUUCAAGGAGCAACUCAACACUAGAAUUGUCUUGGUUGCGAUGGAAACGUGGGCUGCGGACAACAGGUUUAACAUCAACGACGAUCCUAUGGUGACAUUACGAGAGUUUAUGAAGUACCGAAGAGACUUUAUUAAAGAAAAGUGUGACUCCGUUCACCUUUUCUCGGGCAACCGUUUUCAUAGCAACUGGGGAGGAGCCUCAUACAUGGGCGGAGUCUGCUCACUCACUAAAGGAGGCGGAGUCAAUGAGUAUGGAAAGACUGAAGAAAUGGCCAUAACUCUCGCCCAGUCACUGGGACAAAAUAUCGGCAUCUUUUCUGAUAAGAAACGCAUUUUAAACGGGGAGUGCAAGUGUGAAGAUAAAUGGUCUGGCUGCAUAAUGGAUGAUGUUGGCUUCUACUUACCCAAGAGAUUUUCUGACUGUAAUGUGGAAGAGUAUCAUGAUUUCCUGAACAGUGGAGGUGGUGCGUGUCUCUUCAAUAAACCUUCAAAGCUCUUGGAUCCUCCAGAGUGUGGAAAUGGUUUUGUGGAGGCAGGAGAGGAGUGUGACUGUGGAAGCCCAGCCGAGUGUGCUAGAGAAGGAGAGAACUGCUGCAAAAAAUGUAUGUUGACUCAGGGAGCCAAAUGCAGUGAUGGUCUCUGUUGUAAGAACUGCCAGCUGGAGUUUAUGGGUGUACUUUGUCGUGAGGCUGUCAAUGAUUGUGACAUACCGGAAAUGUGCACUGGGAACUCCAGCCAGUGUCCUCCAAACCUGCACAAGAUGGAUGGGUACACAUGUGAGAAAGACCAAGGAAGAUGUUUCAAUGGCAGGUGCAAAACCAAGGACAGACAGUGCAAAUACCUCUGGGGAGAGAAAGCAACAUCGGCUGAUAAGUUUUGCUAUGAGAAACUCAACAUUGAGGGCACAGAGAAGGGCAACUGUGGACGAGACAGAGACACCUGGAUUCAGUGCAAAAAACAGGAUGUACACUGUGGAUACCUGCUGUGCUCCAACAUUUCUCCUGCACCCAGACUAGGAGAGUUACAGGGAGGAUUGACAUCUUUCUCUGUGGCCCAGCACAGCGCCUCACUGGACUGCAGUGGAGGGCAUGUGCUGAUUGACGGCGACACUGAUUUGGGAUACGUAGAGGAUGGAACGGCAUGUGGGACGGAUCGCAUCUGCUUUAAUCACAAAUGCCUCCCAGUGCAGGAAUUCAACUUCAGCACGUGCCCCGGCACCAACGAAAGGGUGAUCUGCUCCGGACAUGGGGUGUGCAGUAAUGAGCUCAGGUGUGUGUGUGACCUGGGCUGGGCAGGUGAGGACUGUAACUCCACCUCUCCUCUGAGUUACCUGCUGGUGCGACCCACAGCCAAAACAUCAGGCAUCAUCACUACUAACAUCAUCAUCGGGGCCAUUGCGGGCUCUAUCCUGGUCCUUGCACUGAUUCUAGGCAUUUCUGCAUGGGGAUACAAGAGCUACAGACAGCGUCAGUAUGUUGAGUCUGAAGUACACAGAAGAUUCUGUCGUCAAAUGCCUCCGGGGGAUUAUGUGAAGAAGCCUGGAGACGCUGAUUCCCUGUACAGCGACAUGCCGCAGGGCGUGAGCUCAAACUCUGGCAGCAGCUCCAAGAAGAGGUCUGCUUACCUGUCUCACCUCCAGAUCAACACCUGCUCUUUCACCCCCUCUAUCCCUUCCAUCAGCCAAAACAUCUGUCUGUUCGGCUUCAGUCUAAUGGUCUCUCUCACUCCUGGAGUGAAAGAAUCCCAGAUGCCAAGCACAUCUCUGACGUCUGUGAAAACGGACGACCCAGGAGCAACUCAUGGCAAGGAAACGUCACAGGUACCCGUAAGAAGGUCAAGGGAAAGAAGUUCCGUCCUCGCUCCAACUCCACAGAGACACUGUCACCUGCCAAAUCACCCACUUCUUCAACGGGCUCCAUCGCUUCCAGCCGGAGAUACCCCUACCCCAUGCCUCCCCUUCCAGAUGAGGAGAGGAAGGCCAACAGACAGAGUGCCAGGCUGUGGGAAACGUCAAUAUAAAAGAACUCUUCAAAACUGGUCUGCAAAACUCCCAUUUGUGGCAUGGAGCCGUCUUACCCUGGACGUUGAGAAGCGCGGUAUCAGAAUCCCAUUCCUGCUGUCAUUCAUAAACAGGACUCAGGAACACGAUUUCAUCACAAGACAAAUCCGGAAUGACAGCCAAUAGAGAGACAACAGCAGUCACUCGUGCCCUUGUUAACCCACGCCCCCACACACAGCCUGCCCCGCACCCAAACACAUGCUGUCUGGUGAUUGGUGCCCUUGAUGCCCGGGUGCAAGAAGCUCAUGCAGGAGCAGGAAGUUAACUAUUGUUUUGAACGCACGCUGUCACUGUAGAACCUACUGCUGUAUGCAUGAGACAACAUGUUUAUCGAUUCCUUGUAGUGUAAUGAUGUACAAAUGUUUUAAGAUCUUUCACUCAAGGGUGCCGCAUGUAAUGAAGGACAGCUUCGUAGGCUGGUAAGAUUCAAUCCCAUGUCCACUUCACCAGAACAUCAUCCGGUCCCGUUCAUACAGUCAUAUCUUCUCAGAGAACUUUGUACAUAUGUCAUAUAAUUCAGAGUGAAAUGUGAGAGUGUAGUAUUUUUCGGUUGUGGAGAGCGUGGUGGAAAUAUUUUUUCUGCUUUAAAGUGUCUGUCCUGUGUUUGUCUCCCUAAAUUCACAGAAUUUGUUUCAAGCCUAGCGCACGCUACACAGAAGCACCAUUUCAUGAAUUAUGCGUCAGAUCGUAGCAGAACGUCGCAAACAAUGAUACUUUUGUAAUGAGCACAUUUCUGCUUCAGAUUGAGUAAAGAUUUUAAAUUUUAAAGUCACGACUGAAGUGGAAAUAGCCACAGAUAUUUUUUUCCUACAUUGUGAUGUAACCAGUUAUCGAAAAAAAAAAAGAAGGACAGGAACUUGGUUCUAUUUGUUGGUAGUUGAUUGGAUGGAGGCAGAUCUGAAUGUAGAGCCAAUGGGUGGAGCAUGGUGUCUGGCUCCCCCUCUCUGGAUGUAAUGGGUGGAGAUUUAAGGUCCAACCGCUCCCUAACUAUAACCCUUGCCUUGUCCAAAUACCCACACUUGCCAUCUUGGCCACUUGAGAGCGCAUGCGCGCGUCAGGAAGUAAGUGCGCAAGACUGUCCAGAUCUUAAAAUCGCCAAAGCGCAGUGCCCUUAACGCACACUAAAUCCACUCAUCUCGAAUACUGCUCCAGAGGCUUAGUGUAUCCCAUCAUGCAUCAUGUUGUGGAAAUAAAUCGCGAGACUUUUUGUCAAGAUCGCGAGAGGUCACGGAAACCUUUCCAAUGUUAAAGUUAAAUAUUAAUAAUAAUUCGAUAUUACAUAUAAUUUGGUACAUGUUUUAUUGGUGCACAGAUGAGUAGCCUAUAUUUAUUUUGUACAUCAUUU